CGUGUGUUCGUCUACCGCGCAUCCGUUCUGCGCAGUUGAUCAAGAGCCACGGUCAGUGAUACAUUGUGUCGAUCGCGUCGUCAAUUUUUUCGAUCGUUCUCGUUAACAUAACUCGUAAUAUUCAUCGACACGCGAUACAUCGUAACGAUAAAUAUUUACAGUUCGUUGUUCGUGCGAUAAGUGUGAUUUUUAUUAAUAAAAUCGCGAUAGUGCGGCAAAAUAAAGUGACAAAACGCGCGUCGAAGUGUCAAACGUUCGAACUACCACGCUAGUCAAAACAGUAUCGGGACGUAAAGUGAAACGAAAGCGGCGCUGUGUCGAGUGUUCCACGGAACAAGUUCUCAACGACCUUUGACGAUGUCGAUGUUGCGAUUCUAGCUGUUUCUCUCUUGCUGGAUAAUGCAACCAUCGCCAGGUUCCGGCACAACAGGCACGUCGACGGUGUCCACGAAUGCCCCCGACACCGAAAAUGGCCAAAGUAUCAGUUUAUACCCUGUCGGAAGUGUGGGUCAAACACCAACGGACCCCACGACAGCGACACCGAACACAACAACAACAACGAUACCUUUGGCGAGUGCUUGUACCGUUGCUGGUACGGCUACAGGAACUAACAUCACCAGAAGUAUAUCAGCACCGAGUGCACCGAGACCUGUUGUCCAGGUGACCAGCUCUGCUAGCUCUGCGUCUCAGAAGCCCAGGUUGAGGAGGACUAUGAGUCGGACGGAAGCUAUCAAGAACUACAUCAGACGCGAAACAGCACAGUUCUUCGGGGUGGACGAGGAGUCUGAAACGAUAGAGAGACAAAGAUGGCUGGAUCGAAGACGGAGAAUGGCGUCGAGGAAAUACGGUGCCCUUGUUCCGGAACACAGACCACCGGAUCCCGAUAUUACAAGGGACGUGCCGGAUACUACGGAUGUGCCAGAAGGUGUUACAUUGAGAAGAUGGCAGCAACCGGUCAGACGAAAAGAUUCUGUGGCCAGAAUGACCCUCUCGGGCCUCCAUUACGUCGUCGAGUCACUGACAAGACAGCGUUCCCGAGAGAGGUCAGAGACACGUCCCGAGACCCGAAGUUUUCCACCAAGCGUAAUUCCAUAUAUGACGAGGACAGAGACGACGUCGUCUCCGGAAAGCGGCCAAGAAGAAGAGGUAUCGUUCUUCGACAGACCACCACCGCCUCCCCCGCCCCUUCCAUCGGCAUCCUCGCAACAAUCGCAGUCCCAGAUCGAUCAGGGUAUCGGUGGACUGGUCAAGGACGAAGGAGACACCGCGAAAAUUGCGGAUCAGCUUGAUUCCACGGCCGAACGAGAAACGUCCGAGGAAUUGGUCAGAUUCGCCGCGCAGAAAGACGAGAGGACGACGAUCGACGGACAGAUCAGACGACCUCGUCACAUCCCGAGGGACCAUUACAUUUCAAGAAAAACGAGUUGGAGCAGGUCGAGGUACGAUACGCCAUUGGGUGAAGUAACUAGAGUGCAGCAGGAUGAGGGGGUGAGCCUUAGGAGGGAUUUAACGGGUGGCAGGAGAAUUUCUCCCAGCACCAUAGAUCGAAUAUUCGACAACAGCAAUAGGAGGCAGUACGGCAUGGGAAUCGUUGGCAGAUUUUUAGGUAGAUCAUUUCGAAAAAGCGUGUCACAGAAACCAGACGUCAGAAAGCAAUUGGAUGAUUUUGAAGAUCAUCGACCAUACUUCACGUAUUGGAUCACCACCGUGCAAAUCCUCAUUUUGAUAAUAUCUUUGGCGUGUUACGGUUUUGGACCCGUUGGCAUGGAUCUUAGCCACAGAUCUGGAUUGGUUCUCGUGACGAGCUUAUCGUUGCAACAAGUGGACUACCAGGAACCAGCGAAUUUCUGGUUCGGUCCUAGAGCGGCGGACUUGAUUCAUCUGGGCGCAAAGUUUGCCCCGUGUAUGCGUCGGGAUAUUAAAAUUUUGAAGGAGAUCGACGUGUGGCGGGAAAGAGAACGAGACACUGCGUGCUGCAUCAGAAACGACGACUCUGGCUGCGUGCAAUCCAGCAAAGCCGACUGCUCUGUCCGGGGAUUGAGAUCGACCGCUACGAACACGAUAUCCACGUGGAAAAAAUGGGGACCCGGGGACAGCGGACCAGGUGGACGAAUAAGCGGAUCAGUUUGCGGUUUGGAUCCGAAAUUUUGCGACGCCCCGGCAAGCAUAGCACCAUACGAAUGGCCAGAUGACAUCACCAAAUGGCCCAUUUGUCGGAAAACCAAUUCGUUCAAUCAACGCUUUAGUAGAAACGGGAGCCAACGGGGCAACACCAACUUCCCAGUGGGUCGGUACAAAGAUAAAAUGGCGGAGCACAUGGUGUGCGAAGUGAUAGGACAUCCGUGUUGCAUCGGUAUUCACGGAAUGUGCCGGAUCACGACGAAAGAAUACUGCGAUUUCGUGCACGGUUAUUUCCACGAGGAGGCAUCCCUCUGUUCCCAGGUUGAAUGUUUGCACGACGUUUGCGGCAUGAUACCGUUCCUUCAUCCAGAAUGGCCAGAUCAAUUCUACAGACUCUUCACAACUACCUUUCUUCAUGCUGGAAUUAUUCACCUGUGUAUAACGCUAUUGGUUCAAUAUUUCCUGAUGCGGGACUUGGAGAAGCUGACAGGCUCGUUGCGAAUUGCUUUGAUUUAUUUCAUCGGAGCACUUGCGGGAAACCUGGCCAGUGCGAUAUUUGUUCCCUAUAGAGCCGAGGUCGGACCAGCAGGAGCGCACUUCGCCCUCCUCGCCACGUUGAUCGUCGAAGUGCUGCACUGUUGGCCAAUGUUGAAGCAUCCUCGACGAGCCCUCUCGAAGCUGAUCUUCAUCCUGUUGGGUCUUCUUCUCCUCGGCAUUCUCCCGUGGGUCGACAACUACGCCCACCUCUUCGGUUUCAUCUUCGGCUUCCUCGCCGCGUACGCUCUGAUGCCUUUCAUCUCUUUCGGCCACUACGAUCGUCGUCGCAAGAUUUGGCUGAUCUGGAUCUGUAUGAUCCUGAUCGUGGUACUGUUCACCCUGUUACUGACCCUGUUCUACAACGUGCCGGUGUACGAAUGCGAGGUGUGCAAGUUGUUCAACUGCAUCCCGUUCACCCGCGACUUCUGCGCCUCCCAGAACAUCAACUUCAAACGAGAGGAGCCCGUAUGACACACGGGGCCGUGCUUCGAAGUCGAGCUCGAAUCGUCCUUGAGCCUGAGGCAGGACUUCUGGAUGCUGCUUCUUCUGGCUCUGCAGUCUGGGAUCGUGAAACGAAAGCACGGGCGCUGAGAAACGCGGGGACACCUCUGUACGUGUUUACUGCCAACGAGGAGCUCGUGUUCGUCGCUGAUCGACGAACGACACUGCCUUAAAAGUAAAAUAACAGCCAAGGAUCACCGGUGCUCCCUUGUCCAACGGACUCCCUGUGUGGUCCUCGCUCGAUUGUAAAUAAUAUUAGACACACGCGCCUUUAACCGAGCGACCUAGUGGAUCCAUAACAAAGUGUGGAACUUUCACGUGUGGUGGGACUAGGAGAACGAUCGAUCGACGUGCAUCCACCCCUUGGAACUUGCUCGUUCGACGAGUUGUACAUAGAAACGGACUCUUGUUACAUAUACAUACUCACGAUCUAAGAACGACCUUACUAAGUUUAAUUUUCAAAGCGUGAUGUAGAUGACGAUGAGAGAGCGUAUGUGUGCGUGUAUGUAUUGCGUGCGUGGGUUGAGUUUCAUUUACGGUCGUACCUCCGACGCUGGAACGAUCUGUGAUGGGCCACACGAUUGUCUUCAAGAAUAUUUUUCAUAACGUCGCGCAGCACAGGUGCAACAUCUAAGGGAUCCGUUACCGUGAAUCGGAUGAGCUUUAAUUUUAAGGGUCGGAGGUGGAGGGAUGUUCAGAGGGAGGAAGAGGGAAGAUAUUUAUUAAGUAUAUCUUGGUGAGAUACGAAUCAAUUUUUUAUAACGGCGUGAGAGAGCGGGAGAAAGUGAGGUUAUCAGAGAACACUUUAAUCAAUUUCCAUCUUGUAUAUAAUUAGAAGAGUGUUGAGGAUAGAGGGUGGAGGAUGAACGAGAUGUACGAGUUCAAGGGUUCAUUUCGUGUUAAGGUAUAAACAAAGAAACAACAAAAGCACUGUGACAUUCGUGAAUGUGUAUUUUAUUAUAACGGGUAAUGUAAAUGUAAGGGAAUGCUGUCUGAUAGGGGAAAGAGAGAAUGGGACUUCGUUUGCGUCUUGUCUCGUGUGAACGAUCAUAUUUACGAAUUAUCAAUAGCGAACGUGAUGUGCCACAACGUGGAUCGUCGCAAGUCUGAAAGUGAUUAGAGGCCGUAAUCUGUCGCGAUUUUUUUAUAGCGUUGUUUUAACUAGUUCAUUAUGCUCAGUUUGUGGUAUUUCACGGAAAGACUGUUCUGUUUGUACGUUUUACUUUCAGUAUCAAAUCGGAUAUAACGAUAGUCUGCUGUACUUGCAAGUACACUUGAGUAAUCUCUUCCCAUAUAUCAAUAUAAAAUUACAAAGUUCAACUCCAUAAAUCAGAGGCAAAAGAAAAUCAGAAUGGUUUCGACCGAAAGGAUGGUACAUUGAAAUUAAUUGCAAAGAAAAAAAACCGUACAGGCAGAAACGUUUCCAUCUAUAACAGUUUUUAAGAAGUAGACUUAGCAAUUUAAUUUUGAAACUUUAUUAAAAUGGCAUGGUUUUUCAUCUUCGUACAUGUGGAAUGUCACAUAGACGCCUUUUCAAAAUUCAGAAACCUUUCUUUUUAAAUUUAAAUUGGAAAUAUGUAGUUUUAACACAUUAAAUGUCACAGAGGUUUAUUAUAAAUUUAAUAGCAUAUCUUACAUUUGAAUUCCAGUAAAGAGUUACUAUUAUAUAAAUGUAGUAUAUAGUGCUUUGAAAAAGUUUAAAUAAAUACAAAGGUCAUUUAAUUGCGGUUCUAAUCCUACAAAGUAAAAAAUUCAAUGGUAGAAAUAUGAAGAUUAAUUAUUCCUAUUUUUGAUAAUAUUUUCCCUGCAACGAUUAAUGUGUUAAUACCCUAAAACUCUACCUCGAAGACGCAAAAAAUGAGGGAAAAUCUCAUCCGUUCUCGAAAGAUUAAUCAACCUGUGACAGCGUUAAAUUAAACUAAGACGAAAGCAACGAUUACGAUAAUCGAAAACCAUGCUAUUCAAAAGAAAACAGUUCGACGAAUCUUGACCAAUCUUGCCUUGUAUUUCGUAUCACGAUGUGGUCAUUCAUGCUUCCCUGUUGAAUAUUUUUUACCGUUCGCCUGAGCCCAGGCAGUGCACAAAUUUUUUGCCUCGUACACCCCUAACGAUCGGUCGGCACGAAUUCACGUGUUUCUGUGCGAAGAAAAAAAUCAACAUUAUAAAACGAUUAAGCGAGAAUUAAUGGAGGGGCGGGGCGUGUUCUAGCGACGUUUAAGAACGAUGACUUUCUCUUUGGCAAAAAAAAGAAAAAGAAAAAAACGAAAUGCUUUUAUAUUUGGUCCCACAAUUCGAACGCGUAGACAUCAUUUGCCUCGAACAUUUUCGUUUGGAAAAACUCUGUAGAAAAUCUAUUCGGAUUACCUACCGUUUAUCGAAAUUCUCGCUCGCUCGAACAUUCGAAACUUUUUUGUGAUACACGAGCGAGCGAGCGAGAACGAGACGAGAAUAAGGGGUGUGAAUAGACGUGAAAAUGGACAGGAGGGGGUCCAGGACCUUUGAGAAAAAACACACACCAGCGACACACUGAACUUUUCGGAUUAUAUAAAUAUAUAAAUAUAUAAAUAUGAGUAUAUAUAAAUAUACACGUAUACAUAAAGAAGUAAAAAAAAAAAUGUGAAGUACGAGUUUAAGGUGCGAGAACGGGGUGGACGAUUGUCGACGAGUAACAUAUUGUUAUUAUUGUAAAUGUGUCAUAUACAGGUAAUAGCAUGCCAUACAAAGAGAAAAACCAACGGUGAGAACGAGGAAAACGUUUGAGAAUAACUUCGAUAUUUCCAUACCGAUCACGGCGAGGUGGAAUAUCGUCUUUCGCCCCGGGGACGAUGAGAGUUGACUGCGUUAUGCUCGUCCUUACCCUUUUAAUAAAGGGUUGAAAUGGUUGCGAGAAUUUUCUUUCGUUACAGAAAAAUAUCAUUAAUUAUUUUUUAAUGCCUCAGAAAGGAAACUUGUAUCACUGAUUUAAUAUGUUCACUGCUAUCACAUAUUAUUUUGUGAAAUUCACUUUUGAAAAUAUGAAUUGAGUUAUACAUUGAUGUAUGAAUUAAGAAAUAUGUUCUGGAGGGAAACUUGUAUCACUGAUUUAACAUGUUCACUGCUAUUACAUAUUAUUUUGUGAAAAUCACUUUUGAAAAUAUGAGUUGAGUUAUACAUUGAUGUAUGAAUUAAGAAAUAUGUUAAAAUAUGAAUGUUCAGAGUAGCUUCAAGAGAGGAAGAUUACUUUUAAAUUUU